UGAUAAACAAGAGAAGGAAGCAUCAAAACAGCAUCGAGAAGUGAAGACGUCGUCGUUUUGAGAAGGGAAGCUUUGGCAAUGGCGUCGAGCGAUAAGGUUCCGGGAGCAUGUCCGGCGAGAAACGGGGACAAGAAAAUACCGCCGGGGGAUCCGAUGGCGGCGACGACGGUGAUGCUCGAUAAAGGGACUGCGAUGAUGCAGUCGUUGAAGCCCAUCAAGCAGAUGAGCCAGCACCUGUGUUCCUUCGCACUCCAUAGCCACGACCCGAGCCGCCAGAUCGAAGCCCAUUUCUACGUACAGCGCGUUAACCAGGACUUCCUCCAGUCCGCAGUCUACGACUCCAACUCCUCCUCUGCCCACCUCAUCGGAGUGGAAUAUAUGGUGUCGGAGAAGCUGUUCAAUACUCUGCCGCCGGAAGAGCAAAAGCUUUGGCAUUCGCAUCAGUACGAGUUAUCAUUUGCAGGUUCAGACAGGUCUCCUAGUCACUCCAAGGGUUCCGGAGCUUGUCGCCAUGCCCGAACUCCAAAACAUUGCCAAAACUUACGGCAAGUUCUGGUGCACGUGGCAGAUCGACCGCGGGUAAAUAUCUCAGGGGAUAGGUUGCCACUUGGUCCGCCGGCACUGAUGAUGUCGCCGCAAGACGUGAACAUGGGGAGGAUAAAGCCGGAGCUCGUAAAGAAGAGGGACGACGCUUAUGGAAUCUCGACCGAAUCCAUAUUGACGACGAGGGGAUCCAUCACCGGUCCGGAGGUGAAAAACCCUAACGCGGAUUAUUGGGUUGAACACGGAAAAGGCUUCGCCAUUGAUAUUGUCGAGACGGACAUGAAGAAGACUGCUCCUUAAACUCUUGAAAAAAAUAUCAUUAGCCGUAGUUUGUAAUAAAAUGGACGCUCAAAUACGACAUGUACGCGUAUAUACACACACACACGUUUUGGGACUUUUUGGUGGAGGUGUAAUAAAAUGGUAUGUGAUGUUCGUGAAGAUGUAAUAAGGUCUGUAAACUUUUUCUUGAUGAUGAUGAUGCACCAGUGAAAGUCCGAA